AUGAAUGAUACGGAUGACAGCGAGGCGCCUCCAGAUCUACAAUUGCCGUCUUUGGAAUUAUCUGUUCUUAAGCUGAAGACUAGGCUGUUUGGAAUAAAUACUAAGUGGCCAUUUAUUAACGCUUUGAAGUGUAGAGCUUACAAUAGCAUAUUAGGCUGUCUCCUAUACGCUUCUCCUUUUACUCCUUCAAUAUCUUGUCCUUGCAAAAUGCCAAACCUGUCCCCAAAACUUGGUGAGUCUCGCGAUUCUCGAGAAAUAUGUCUAUUUUGUCAUACACUUAUUUUGCCUUUGGAUGUUGGAACAAUGAGCAAGGAUCACCUAGAUUUGCUCAAGGAUUCUCACUGGGAAAUCCAUCGCAAAACCCCGAUACCUGAACACAUCCUCGUGCCAUCGACGGAAGUGGUGAAUCACAUUUUCUCCAAACUCCUUUACUCAAAGUAA